AUUCAACGCGCGCACUUAUGGCAUGCUAGUACUCUUAGUCAGGGUCAGGGUGACCCUAGGUUCGUCGGGUCUGCUCACGAAUACAUAUAUGAGUCUUCACUAUGUCAAUUGCUCGAUAAUUAAUUCCUCUGACCGUCCAACUUCGUAGUGGGGCAGUUUCGGACUUUCGUCUGUCACUUCUUUAUUAUUCCUUGUUCAACUUCAGUCGCUCCUUUACUUGGCAUUGCCGGUUCCUGCUUGCGCCAGUGAUGUCCGACCCCUCCGUCGAUCCUAUUGCACGCAACAUUGCUAUAAUGACAACGAUAUUCACUGGGCUCAUGGUCUCUGAGUAUAUGUGGUCUCUAUCCGAUGAAACCAGGCUGGUCUGGCCGCGAUUUUGGAAGACCAUAGAAGCCAAGAAUUUUGUGGUGAUCAGGUAUGCCGGUUUAACCGGACAAAUCUUCAACAUCUGGUUUGCGUUUAGGAUGGCCUCGGGGGUUCCAAACAGUCCGUCCGCUUGCAUAGCAUGGUGCUUGUACCAGACUGUGACGACCCAGUGUCUGCUAUUUUCAGUGCAGUUAUUACUUAUGCGGCGGGUGUACAAAAUGUUCAACAAAAGCAAAUCUAUCUUUGCACUCUCGGUCAUCUUCAGCGGCACGCAGUUGGCCGCUAUGGCUGCCAGCGCUCGAUUGUUUAUAACUGGCACUGGCUAUUCCCCCACUUGCGUCAUAAUCUCGUCUCAUCACAGUCGGAACUUUGUCGGCGUCUCAAUCAUUGUGACCUUUAUGUUCAUCCUUGUUACAAUGCUAUGGCGGUUCUUCGGAACCACAUCCAGCGGGUCGGAAGCUCUGCGUGCUUGGCUCAGGCUUGCAGUCCGCGACGGCAGCUGCACGAUCUUUGCGAUAAUGGUAAUCAUCAUCUUUAUGUUUCUCUGCAACAUGCGCGUCAUCGACACAAAGAUGAGUGGAAACAUCAUCUUUUACGUACUAAUUCUCUGCCUUUGGUUUGCUGCUGGACGUAUAGUUCUUCACCAAGAGAAACUGCGUAAAAUCCAAGAAUCCCAGAUGGGUGACGUUAAUGAUCCAAGUCGGUGGACUCAGUCGAUCGAGGUGGACCUUGAUGACAUUGCCAUUGCAUCUUUUGAUGACCCAGAUGCAUGUCCGCCGAGCCCCUCCAGCUUGGAGGUCGAGUCGACCGAAGUUUCCACCCCGCUCGACUUUAUGUCAGACGCAGGAACGAGGGACAUCGCUGACGAACACCUUUACGAGUGGGAGGAGGACAAUGUGCCGCUGACGAGCUGUGCACCUACAUUCGUGCUCAUCGAAAGACGUAUCGGUGGUGAGGGAUCAGGUUCCACAGAGUAAAAUAAAUCCAUUCGUUUUAUGAGACAAUCAUGAGUUCCGUAGUACAUGACAUAUUGCUAAUAGUUUCAAAUUGCCAGGCAUGUAGUGCCACCUUUGAAGUGA